AUGAUUAAUUAAACAAAAACAUAACUUUUUGAAGUUUUUAAGAAAUUUGAUAAAGAUGGUAAUGGUUAUGUAGAAUCGAAUGAAUUAAUUGAAAUAGCCAAAUAAAUGAACGAGGAAAUUAAUUAACAAGAUGUUGAUAGAGUAUAUUUAUAUAUUGGAUUAUUAGUUAAUGAAAGUAGUUGAUACAAAUGGAGAUGGAAAAAUAUCAUUUGAAGAAUUUUGGGAAUGGUGGUAAUUUGGAAAGAAUGAAAAAUUAGAGAAAUUAGUUUUUAUGAAAUUGAAAUUGAUGAAUAUGCUAAAAUCCAUAAAUUCUGAAUUUACAAGAUUUGGAGUAUCUCUUGAAUAAAAAUAUGAACCAAAAUUAGAUCAUCAUUAUUGGGCAAUAAAUUAUGGAGAUUUUUAAUCUCAUUUUAAAUUUAACAUUAGAAUGAAAUAUAAAGGAUCAGGAGUUUAAGAAGAUAUUUAAAAAGAGAUUGGGUUUUAAUAAUCAGAUUCAUUAUAAAUUGUAUUUAUUUUUAGAGCAAUAAAACCUUCUUAAGCAAGAUAAAAAUUGGAAUAACUAUGGAAUGAAUAUAAAUAAUAUUUAAAAGAAAAGUAAGAUUAAAUUAUACUUCCAUUAAUUGAACAUUCAUUGAAUGUAGAAUUUCAAGAGAGAAAAGAUUCAGUUGCUAUUUCAAUUACUGUUAAUCAUCCAUUAAUAGAAAUGACAUUAUAAUAAGCAUAUUUACCAUAUUGCUAAAAAUUAGGCACAGAUAUGGAAAUUUUAGUAGAUUUUCUCUUUGGAAUUAAAAAUGGAAUAACAAAGUUAAUGAAAAAAGAUCAAAUUUUUAUUAAGUAUUUAUUGGAAGGAUUUAUUUUUGAAUUUAAAGCAGCAUUUAAUAGUGAUUUAGCCAAAAAAGUAGUUGGUGUAUUUUUAGCUACUUUUGGACAUCAAUUUGCUUAAAAAGUAGCUGCUGUCAAAUAGAAAUAGAGAAUUUAAUAAGAAUUUAUAUGGCCUAUGCUUUUUAAGAGUUCCAAAUUUCAUUUAUAGUUUAAAAAUAUGGAAGACGUUAAUUAAUUUUUGAAUGCAUUAGGAUUAUAAGAAUUAGCUGAUGAAUAACCUACAGCAAGAUAAUUAAUAGAUGAAAUGAAAGGGGAUUAUUAAUUAUAAUCUAUUAAGAAUCCAAAUUCAGAAUAUCAUUUUAUUUAUAAAGUAUUUAUAUUUGUAUUAAUAGUUAUUUCUUAUUUUGGCAGAACAUUUCAUAGCUUAAGGAACUAUUAAUAUAAAUAUUCCAUUUGCAUAUUUAAAUAUUUAAUUUAAUCUUGAAGGAUUGAAAGAAGUGUUUGAUGCAGUGUUUGAUCAGGAAAAUUAAAAGAAAUAAAAAUGA